AUGUCGUGGGCAGGAUUCAAGAAAAAUGUCAACCGCGCGACGACGCAGGUUAUGAUGAAGACUGGUCAUGUUGAGCGGACAAAUGACCGAGACUAUGAGAUUGAGGAGCGUCGGUACCGGACGAUGGAGGCUGCUGCGAAUCGGUUACAGAAGGAGGCAAAGGGAUAUCUGGAUUCAUUGCGAGCCAUGACCGCGUCUCAGAUGCGCAUUGCCGAGACCAUUGACGCUUUCUACGGCGAUGCCGGUACUCGCGACGGUGUAAGCCGAAGCUACAAGCAGGCUGUGGAGGACCUCGACGCAGAGACCAUCAAAGCUCUUGACGGGCCAUACCGUACCACCGUCCUCGAACCCAUCUCCCGCUUCUGCGCCUAUUUCCCCGACGUGAACGAAUGCAUCAAAAAGCGCAACCACAAACUCCUCGACUACGACGCCAUGCGCGCCAAGGUCAAGAAGCUCGUCGAAAAGCCCGACAAGGACGUCACAAAGCUCCCCCGAACCGAACGCGAAGCCGAAAUGGCCAAGCAAGCCUACGAACAACUCAACGAGCAACUCUUCACCGAACUACCCCAGCUCAUCGACCUGCGCGUGCCGUACCUGGACCCCAGUUUCGAGGCCCUGGUCAAGAUCCAGCUGCGGUUUUGUGCGGAGGCGUACUCGCGUAUGGCGCAGGUGCAGCAGUACCUUGAUGCGGACACGAGGGAUCAGUAUGCGCGGGGUGAUUUGGAUAAUCGGGUUGAGGAGGUUCUGCAGGAGAUUCGGGAGUUGAGUAUAGCGGGUACUGUUUGA